AUGGAAUCCUUUGGACCAGUCGUCUUCACUGGCACCGAGACGUUACACCAACCUGACGGCAGCGACCCUCCGCCAAAGUUUGUCAGGCUCACAGAGGAACAGCGCCAGCGUGUCAGGACACUGCGAAGAGAUGCCUACAUGACAUUUGCUGAAAUACAUGCCGUCACCGGCUUUUCGGAAACGCAGAUCCGGCGCGCUAUCAAUGGCCCGAGUAGACCACCUCGUAGGAUGGGCAGGCCACCCAAGACGCCAGAGCAGCGAGUCGCUGAUAAGGCCGCGAGGGAGGCUGCCAAGGCUGCCGAGCUGGCCAGGUUGGCUGAGGAAUCGUUUGCGGAGCAGGAGCAGGCCGAAUGUCAAGAUGGUGCAUUUCCUCAGCGAAGUCCACCGCUGCAAACCGUAACGCCCGAUGCUCGCCCCGAGACUCCGGAUUUGGCGGCUGUGGCUCGGCAUGUUCGGGAUCCUAUUUCCAUUCAGCGGUCUUCCGCAUAUCCGGAGGCUAGGGCUCCGGCGGCGGUAGAGAAACAACAAGACCAAGGAACCUUGGCCAAUCCCAUGGAGAUUGAUGAUGAAGAGAGCCCGCCACCACAGACUCCCAGCGUUGCCCCGAUUCUCCCAGAAACUUCUCAGACCAUCACACCGGCGAUACAAACUCAGACACCAAUACCUGCCCCGUCACAUCCUGCUCCCACCAUUACAAAUGCCUCUCCUCAAUAUCCCACGCAGUCAACGCAAUCCCAGGGCCCGAUAUCUGUUCCACCGUCUCCUGCACAAACAACCGAUGACCCAGCCAUCGUAUCUCCAGAGGUAGCUCAGGGUUCAGACAUACCAGGUCCUAUCGGCAAUCGGCCUAUCGGGGCUUUUGCAUUGCCAUUUCCUCAGGCGCAGCAACAUCUGCCGCCGCCACGGCAGCGGAAAAAGAUCUUCAUCGUUUGGUGUGAGAUGGCUCGCUCGUUUGGACGGAACAAACCUCCGACCGCCAUGAUCGGCGUAUAUUCUACAAGAAACUUUGCAAAUGAGCACGGCUGUCGUGUCAUUCGACAGUAUUGUCUCAAUGGCAAGUGCAAAGUCCCUCAACCCAAGUGGUGGGUGGAAGAGAGAGACCUGCUGGAAGAAGGUGACCCUGGGAUAUAUUGGCCAUCUUGCUAG